UCUCCUCCACAUUCCCCGUGCCACGAAGGGCAAUUUUGCUUUCUCCCCCAAAGUAGUGUUUCAUUUCCUCUCUCUCUCUCUUAUACCCAGCAAAAACCUCAGAACUCAGGUGGGACUUAGAACCAGCUCGAAGUGACUGUAGCUUAAUUCCAAGUAAGUCCUCCGCCACAAACUUCAAUCCUGUACUUUUUUUUUUCAACGAAUCAAACUCAUAUACUUCACAAGGAAGAGCUUCACUCGAUGAACAUUUCUUAUUAUUCGAUUCAACCCCAUUUGCGUAUCUGGGUCUUUUCAUUUUAAUGGCUAUCGCUCAUUUUUUGGAGCUCUAUAUGCUAAGAAUUCUUUUCCUGUUACUGGGUUUCUUGGAUUUGUUAGCUACUUUCAACUUUCAUGAACUCUAUAUUCCUGUUUGGUCCAAGACUAGUUCACAAGUUGUCAUGUUUUUUGGUCGUUUCGAGGAAAUUGUGCGACCGGGGUUUUGAUGGGGAUAAGGUUGAUAAUGGGUUUGGAUGCAUUGAGGAAUCCUUGAAAGCAAUGUGGAAAUAUUCGGAUUCUGAUCCCAUUUUGGAUGAAAAACCCAAUACCAGUGAGGAUGGGAGUUCCAUCCGGGGACAUUUUUCGGUUAGGCGGAGUUUUUUUGAUAAUGUAAAGAGUGAUGCUAGUAGGGUCCUUGAUAUUCUUGAGCAAGAUGGGCCAGGGUUCGAUACCAAAUUGGCUCUACACGAGUUGUGUAUAAGGGUUUCGGGGCUGCUUGUGAGGGAAGUUCUGUUGGGAAUAUUGAGGAAUGUAAAUUAUGCGAAUAAAAUGCGGUGUGCGAAAUUGGGGUAUAAGUUUUUCGUGUGGUCUGGCCAGCAGGAGAAUUAUAGGCACACGGCAAACUCUUACCAUUUAAUAAUGAAGAUAUUUGCGGAUUGUGAGGAGUUUAAGGCAAUGUGGAGGCUAGUUGAUGAGAUGAUUGAGAAUGGGUUCCCAACUACAGCUCGUACGUUUAAUAUACUUAUAUGUACUUGUGGUGGGGCGGGAUUGGCUAGGAAGGUUGUGGAGAGGUUCAUUAAAUCAAAGACGUUUAACUUUAGGCCAUUCAAACAUUCAUACAAUGCGAUUCUACAUUCCCUUCUUUCAGUUAACCAGUACAAGUUGAUUGAGUGGGUAUAUCAGCAGAUGAUAGUUGAGGGUCAUUCUCCGGAUAUUCUAACGUAUAAUGUUGUCAUGUGUGCAAAGUAUAGGUUGGGGAAGUUGGAUCAGUUUCAUAGACUGCUUGAUGAAAUGGGUAGGAGUGGUUUUUCUCCAGACUUUCAUACAUAUAAUAUUCUUCUUCAUGUCCUGGGUAAAGGUGACAAGCCACUUGCAGCUCUUAAUCUUUUGAAUCACAUGAAGGAAGUAGGUUUUGAUCCUAGUGUUCUUCACUUCACCACGUUGAUAGAUGGACUUAGCAGGGCUGGAAAUUUGGAUGCCUGCAGAUAUUUUUUUAAUGAAAUGACAAAGAAUGGGUGUAUGCCAGAUGUGGUUUCUUACACUGUAAUGAUCACAGGAUAUAUUGUGGCCGGGGAGCUAGAGAAAGCUCAGGAAAUGUUUGAUGAGAUGAUAAUCAAGGGACAGCUUCCAAAUGUAUUCACAUACAAUUCCAUGAUUCGUGGUUUUUGUAUGGCUGGGAAAUUUGAAGAGGCGCGCUCAAUGCUUAAGGAAAUGGAAUCUAGAGGUUGUAAUCCAAAUUUCCUUGUGUACAGUACCCUAGUGAGUAAUUUGCGAAAUGCUGGAAAGCUUUCUGAAGCUCAUGAAGUAAUAAGACAUAUGGUGGACAAGGGACAAUAUGUCCAUCUUCUCUCAAAGAUCAAGAAAUACAGGAGAUGCUAAAGUGGCAAACUAUGUAUCUGGAGAUUAUUCAUGUAACCUCAUAGCAACAUAACUUAUUCAUCCAGCUCAGUUAGACACCAUGUACCUGUUGGCAAUUUCAGCCAUAGAAGCAAAAAGAUUACUGUUCAAUGCUAGCAAAAAUUGCUCUGAAUGGCCUCUCAUCAUUCAGUCAAUUUCAUGGCCAUUGACAUUUGAGAAGAGCAGAAGGCAAGUUGGUGUUAUAUUGUUAAAUGGCCAAUGCAGAAUUUUCCAGUGGCAUCAACCCAGUCAUCAUUGGUGAACUGCAAUCCUGAAUUAGGCAUCUGACUCCGUAGAAUUUUAAAAUUUGUGGCUGAAAAUUUGGGAUGGAGAUACCCUUUGGCUAUUGCUUUGCGUAUGCAUGUCUACUGACAUUUUGUUGCCCUGUAACCUCAAGGAUGCCCAAGUGUAUUUCUUCCACUUCUAAUAUUCCAGAUGAUCAUUGAACCGCUACUAUCUCCAGUAAUUCACCAGUGUUUGACCUCACUUUCUCACAUAUAGGAGUUGCGAGGCAAAAAAGGCUAGGCAGCUACUUGAGCCAUUGAGUCAGCAAUAAUAUGGUUUUAAGACAGGUGGUGUGGAGAUCUUCCUCUCCAUUUGGCUUUUCCAAUAUUGUACAAUUUUGUUGCAAACAAAGAGGCCUCCGUUGAAUCAUCUUUGAUAUGUCAAGGAGCAGGGAAUAGGAGAACUUGGGAUGGUCAUUUCAUUCAAGGUCCUAAUGAUUAGGAGGCAGAUGUGGUGGAUGAUUUCUUUUGAUUCUUGGCAUUCAAUUUACCUUCAAUGACUGAUGGUGAUCGUUUGAGAUGGAAGUUGACAAAAAAUGGGGAUUUUAAUAUUCGCUCAUAUUAUCAUCAGUCACAUGGCUCUUCUUCCGUUGUUUUCCCAUGGAAAGGUAUUUGGAAGGUUAAGGUACCCCGGCGUGUUUCUUUCUUUGUUUGGAUAGCCGCAUGGGAUAGGAUCCUCAUGGGAGAUAACUUGCGGCUUAGGGGCUUUGAUUUUGUUGACUAGUGCAUUAUGUGUCAUUGUUGUGGUGAGACAGUAGAUCAUUUGUUGUUACAUUGUGGAAAUACUUAUCAGCUGUGGUGCUUUGUCUUUAGAAUUUUUGGGAUUUCAUGGGUUCUCUCAUAUACGGUGUUAGAUUUUCUAUUUAGUUGGUGGAAUUGGUUAGGGAAACAUUCAUCUUACAUUUGGAACCUAGUUCUGUUGUGUUUGAUGUGGUGUAUUUGGAGGGAACGCAAUCGGCGGACGUUUGAGGAUUUGGAUAGAUCCGAGGACCAACUACUUGCUCUCUUUUUUGGUUUCCUUUUUGAUUAGGCUAGGGCUUGGGGACUCACAUCUAGUGACUCUCUUCCUUUAUUCCUUAGCUCUCUUCUUUUUUGUAAUUAAUGCUUUUUAUUUUUAUUUAUUUAUUUAUUUUUUUAUGUUUUUGCUUUUCCAUCU